CACGAACCAGGAACUGGAGUACAGAGGAUUGACUGAGGAAUCACAACAGAGGCGCUGCUGUAACAGCUUUAGCCCGUGUCACUGUUUGUGUGUGUGUGUGUGUGUUGUUAGUGACACGGAACAUGUCGAGAAAAGCCAAAGACGAAUAUUAUCGCUUCUUUACCGUUAGCGACCCACGCACACAUGAGAAGGGACACACGGAGUACAAAGUGACAGCACGGUUUGUGUCCAAGCGUCAUCCAGAGGAUGUGAAGGAGGUGGUUGUGUGGAGGAGGUUUUCAGAGCUGAAGAAGCUUCACGGGGAGUUGGCCUAUACACACAGGAACCUGUUUAGACGACAGGAGGAGUUUCCUCCUUUCCCCCGUGCACACGUUUUUGGAAGGUUUGAUGAGGCUGUGAUAGAAGAAAGAAGAGAGGCGGCAGAGGCCAUGCUUUUGUUCACUACCAGGAUCCCUGCACUCUACAAUAGCCCCCAACUGAAGGACUUCUUCAGGGGUGGUGAGGUCACAAGACCUCUGGAUCUAAGUAACACCCUGUCCUCUACUGGGCCCCUGCCUCCACCUCUCAUCCCUCUCCCCAAGCGGAGGGCGUCAGACUGUGAGCCUGCAGAAGAGGAGGAAGGAAAGGAGGCUCCCACCUUACCUCAGGAUCUAGGCACCAACCUGGGCUUAGAAGUGGGAGAACCCGAGGUGGCGGCUGAGGCUUACAGUGAGGUGGGAGGUUCGCCGAGAGAAGAAGAAGAAGAAGAAGAAGAAGAAGAAGAAGAAAGAGAGGAGCACAGCGAUGUAGAGUUGGAUGACAGAGUCCCAUCUCCUGGUCCAUCUCCAGCCAGAAACCACAAAUCACAAGAAUUACAGGAGGAGUUUGAUUUACUCUUUGACUCUGUGGCAGAGGAGCAGGUCCCAUCCCCAAAGGACAAAGAUCCUCCCCCUCUCACUGAUAAUGACAUGGCUGUUUUUGAUCCCUGCUAUAAACAAGAUAGAUCCAGUUCCUCCAGUGACCUCUCAGAAUUGGUCUCUCUGCCCCCAACCUGUCUAGAGGGAGGGGACAUGGGAUAUCUGAACCAAGCAGCCACUGAGCUAAUAACUGCCAUGGAGAGCGAGAAGGAGGGAGAAUUUAGCUCUGCUAUUCGUGGAUACCGGGCAGCGGUGGAUAUACUGAUCACCGGAGUACAAGGAGAGCCAGAUCCAGUGCGCAGGGAGUCCGUGAUGAGAAGGACCGCCCAGUAUCUGAAACACGCUGAGAUGCUGGUGGACAGACAUUCCUCACCCACCAACUCUCACACAUCCACACGCACACAUCCACAGGGACCAUAGGUGUUUGUGUGCACAUGUGGAUCAAAGACAAUACUCAGGGUUAAGACAUGCAUACUCACAGGUCCAUGUUUCACACACACACACACACACACACACACACACAUUCCCUAGCCCCUUACCCUAACCUUAACUAUUGCAACUAAAUGCCUAACUAAAACCUGAACCCUAAAACCAAGUUGUAACCCCCAAAAAGCCCUUUAAAGUUAUGAGGACCAGACAAAAUGUCCUCACUCACUUUUGUUUGAUACACUAUAUAAAGCUGCACAUACAAGAAUACACACACAGGAGGACAUUAAAUUGACUGAAAUUAAUUUCCAGGAGACUUACGCUAACCUUAACCAUAACUGCUACUGGCCUUACCCUAACCUUAACCUUGAUCUAACCUCAUCCUAACAUACAAAAUGUCUUCAUCUUAAAAUGUAAUAAUUUACGUUACAGGGACGUGAUUUGUCCCCAUAAGGAAGACAAGUCCCCAUAAUGUGACUGAAAAACAGAUUUAGGCCCCCACAACAUGAGUAAUACCAAAACACCAGGGCUGCGUGUUAUUUUCAUAAUCGAUUAAUCUCUCAAUAAUUUUCUUGACUAAUCAAGUACUUUUUGGUCGGUAAAAUUUCAGAUGUUGAUCGGUGUUAACCAAAGUAGAAACGAUGUUCUCAAAUGUCUUGUUUUGUCCGGGAUCCAACAUUAUUCAGUUUUAACAAUUAUUCAUUUGUUAUAUAGAGCAAAAAAGAAUAUUCACAUUUAAGAAGCUGUCAAAUUUCAAAGCUUGUGUUAUGUAUUGAAAACACACCAAUUAUCAAAAUUGGUGACGAUUACAAUUAAUAAUCGAUGAAUCGAAUAAUCAAUGCAGCCCUAUAACAGACACACAUAUCUUUCUCUUGAUAAAGAUAUAGGCACUAGAAAAUGUAUAUAGAAUAUAGACUCAUGUGUACAUUGAGAGGUACACAAUAUGCACAUCACUCACACACAAAUAUAUAUAUAUAUAUAUAUAUAUACAUAUAUAGACACACACUCCUGAGGUACGCACUACACUGCAGACUGCCUUUGUUAAAUGAAACUGGAAACUGAUCAUAGAUGAAUAAAAUGUAACAUAACAUAAAAUAAAACUCAUCCUUUUUCAAUACAGUGAUGGGUCUUUGCAUUUUGCACAAUUUUUGUCAAUAAAUGUCAUUUUAACUGUU